UGGGAAAUCCAGAAAAUCACGCAAAACGUCGGAGAGGGUUGAAACAUAUGUUUUCCUCUGUAUCAAAGUCGACCAACAUUAUUUUAAGAUGUUUUCCGCCGUGUUUAUAUUCUUUAUUUUCUAUUGAUGUUUCUAGUUAGUUGUUUAUUAAUGUAAUUAGUGCUGUAAAACAAUCGCAGAGUGUUUGUAGAAAUCUGUACCUGAAAUAUAUUAGUGUUUACAUUACGGUGUUUAUAUACUAUAUCUACCUGUAGACAAACACCUCUGGAAAUUUUAUAAAUGGUGAUAAAGACAGCAACAUAUUCAGGCAUGAAUCUAAAGGGAGAAAUUAGGGAAAGCAUUUCUUUAGAUGAAGAUGACCUCAGUGACGUGGAAGAUGAGGUUUUUAUUAGAGAUGGGAAAAACGGAUAUAAGCUUGCUGAAGAGCUCAAUGUAAAAAGGCCCUUGAUGGCCCCUAGAAGAAAAAUUGGAAAGCAUGACUGUUCAGGUUCAAGACUAAAAGCCAAACACACCUGCAGAGCUUGGUGCAAACCCUGUUGUUAUGUCCUGGCUUCCCUAAGCGUCCUCAUUGGUCUAAUAGUAUUGGUAGUCGUCUUGGUUUCCAUAUAUCCAUUACCUCUGGACAGAUUAAGAGACUGGAUAAUAUCCAAACCAAAGAGUACAGAAAUUAGAGACAAACCUUUGCCUUGUACCAAUUUGAAAGUUAGCGAAGUUUGGUCUACGAAUUUACCUAUUUUAACCAGUGAUUCCCCUGUGAGAGUAUUGGACAUAGAUGGGGAUAAAGUCGAUGACGUCAUAUUUGGAUUUGGUACAGGAGAAAACUACAACAUCCUUCCCCCAGAAAUUUUUUGUCCAGUUUUCUUAGGAGUGUCCCCACCAUGCCGAGGGGGAAUUAUAUCCCUAAACGGUGCAUCGGGGGAUAUAAUAUGGAGACACUGGAUCAACGACACUGUGUUUAGUCUCCAUUGUACAGCGGAUAUAAAUCAGGAUAACUUAAAUGAUUGCCUAGCUACAGGAGUUGAUGGGACAGUUACAGUCAUCGAUUCCAAAACUGGGCAGAGCAUUUGGGAAAUCAACGCAGGCAGAAUGGACAUAUUCCUGAUGAAUUUUAUUCCUGAUCAGGACGGAGACAACGUUUCGGAUAUAAUCAGUUCUCAUUCAUCAUUGACAGGUGAUGAAAAUGGUCAUAUAAUUCUGUUAUCUGGAAAAACUGGACGUGAGCUCAAAAGACUGUCAGUACCAAACGGAUCAAAGACCUUUUAUAUGCCCCAGAUAUUUAAGCAAAAUAGUACGACUACGAUGGUACUGUAUGGAACGGGAAGUCCAAACACACCUGGAAAGUUAAGAGUUAUCUCUUUGGAUAGCAUAGAUUUCUUGCCAAACAAAUCUACUACAGUGUACGAAGACAAGUACAAAGGCAUAUUGACCCAAGCAGUCUUGGUGGAUAUUUCUGGAGAUGGUGUACCAGAUAUAAUAUCGUCCAUGUACAAUUCUACGGUGGUGGCAAUUGAUGGAAAGACUUUGGUACAAAUCUGGAACUACUCUAUUCCUGAUGCCGUGACUAGUAUGAUUCCCACUCCGGCAUAUUUUAAUAGCGACAAUGUGACGGAUUUCCUAGUUGUUUAUCAAAAAUACGACAAUAUCUUUCAUUAUAAUUACACGCAAACUUUGAUAAUCGAUGGUUUUACCGGACAGCCGGUAUAUCAGCCGCUCAGUGGCGGGUUAAUAACGCAAGGCAGUGGCUUGACCAUGAGUAUGGAGGGAAAAGGUCAUGAUAUUUUCCUUUUCUGGACAAGAGAAUGUUCAAAUAUGGACAUACAAAGCGUCAGUGAUCGGGUUAAGAAGUCUUUUGACCAAUGCAGUAAACAGUUCAAUUCAACUACUGUGGUGAAAUUGAACGCUUUAAAUGAAUAUCACCAACCGCCAGGGAUAAUUCUCUAUAAUUCAGGAUCAAAAAUAGCAUACGAGUAUAAAACGAAAUCAACCACAAUGAAGGUGAAAGAUUAUUACAAAACCCAUGAGCUUCCCAAGGUAAACUACGCUACUCGAUUGGUUGAAGAAAAAGGACAAUCGGAAAUCCCUAAAAGCUAUAGCGGUGAUCCAGUUCCAAUAGGAAUAAGGAAAUAUGGAAAAUCCAGUUUUAGACACAAAGACAGACCGAGUGGAAUCGUUAAAGAAUUCAAUAUACCUGCUCAAAAUGGAGAAGGAGGGAGUUUGAGUAUAAAUGAGCCUCAGUUGUCGAUAACAGAUCAGGACACAAGACUUCCCGAUCAAUCACAGGUUGACUACAACAUCUGGAUGUCAGGACCAGACGACCUGGACUCGGAUUUUUCCAACUACAAUCUAGGUGACGACACCAUCCCCUACAACCAAAAACAAAUGCUGUUCGACGAAGUUGAGUCCAAAAUGGCCCAGGCCAAUCGGGAUCCGAGGAGCAAAGAGAAGAAGCUGAAUAUAGCGAAGAUGGGAACCAUGGAACCGUCAAAGCUUCCCAAAUCGACAAAGAAGAAUCUGUCGGAUAAAAUCUAUGGGUACAGAAACGUGCGACUGGCUAAGGAUCGGUUGUUGAACGAUCAGGAAAAUUUGCCUACGGAUAUUCUGAGGGACACGUACUUCAAAAAUGAGGAAAAUAGAUUGAAAAAAGCCAAAUUCGAACAACGUGACGUUAACUCGCAUCUAGUUGGCCAAGUUGACUCAAUAGACGUCAAGAAGAUAUUGGAAGACGAAAAAGAAAACGGCAUCUUGAACGGUUCCACUACUUUGUGGGAUUUGGAAAAUGAAAAGGAACUGAACGAGCAAGAUGAGAGUGGAUUUUUGAGAGACAAAAGACAAAUUAGUAUUCCCAGUAAUAUUUGGGAAACCCAGCCCAAAGUCUCCUCAGUAGGAGCAAUUCUUGCAUCAGCAAAUUUUUCCAAUACAAUCGAUGUGGUUUUCAUAAAAUAUUGGCAACCUGUACAAAGUUCUUUGGAAUCGUUAUUGAGAACGGAUAUAGAAGAAUGUAUGGCUGCCAAAUUUCUUCAAGUAUCUCCAGAUGAGAAAACUACAGCCUCCGAACAGAACGCCCUGUUCCAAAAAGAAUGCCAAGACGAACAGGACGCCCUGAGAAGUAACUUCGUAUAUUUCAACCAAUUGGUCCAGUUGAAAUUAGGACAGAUGACCGUCUACAGAAUGAGGAUAACGUGUAACUGCGACAGCAGUUAUGACAGGGACAUCAAAGCGAGAUGUGUCAGAUUUUUGCCGAAAGGUUCGCAAGGCUGGUCGGAAUAUUUGGGCCAAGCGGGAGACGGCAUUUUUGUAAAUAGGCCCUAAAGUAUUGUAAUAUAUUUGUAAUAUUAAAGUAGGGAGAUAAUCAUUGGACAAAAAGAUUAACGAGAGAAUCGUUUAAAGCAACCAAUAAAAGUUGCGACGUGAAUGUCAUCAAAGACGUCGAACUAUUAUCAAAAUAAAUUUCUAAUAAAUAAAAAAUCGUUAGGAACGAUUUUUUGUAAGCGCACUUGCAAAAGACAUCGUCGUGGCAACAUUGCGACCUGCAUUCGUCAAACAUUUUGAUGACGUUCAUGCCAAAUUUUAUUGAUUUUCCUAUGCAUUAUUUUUAUAUUCAUACAUUAUAGACGGAACACUUUUACUAUUACUACAUCUUUUUUGUUUCUUUUAAUUUCUUGUUUUACUUAUAUUGAUAAAUUUUGAUUUUUUGCGAGUUUGAUACUCUUUUCUGUGUUUUUUUUUAUUAUUUCUUGUUUAUUUUAAAAUUGGUUUUAUACAUAGUGUGAAAAUCUGGAAAAGCGUUGUGUGAGGAUUUGACUUAUAGUGAGAUUAAUGUAAAUUUUAGAUAGGGGCAACUUCUCACUAGUAAGUAAUUAUGUACCUAUAUGAUAUACGUUAUGAAUAGUAAAUCAAUAAUUUAUGAAAUCUGGUUAAAGUUAACUAAUUAUUAGUUUUCGUUCUUGCAUUUUCGCAUUUAUUUAUUAUUUAGUUGUUUCAGUAGCGUAUCUAUAACUUUUGUUAUUGAAUAAUUAUAUUAACUUGCUUAUUUUUAUUAGAAAUAUAUUUUUUAACACUUAACAAUUUUAAUGCGUACUAACGUUAUUUAUUGACUUACUUGAAAAUAAAACUUUUAGCAGAUUACUGAGCCCUAAUUUAUAUUUUAUCAACACUUUAAAAAAAAUAGAACGCCACUGAUAAACCGGAAUUUAAGUCAGCCAUAUUAAAGCUCCAUCGCGGUCGAGCUAAUUUUGUUGAUAUGCGCCUUUUUUAGUCUUUUUGUUCAAUGUUAAAUAGAUAACUAAUUGGGAUAACUUAUUUUUCUUCUCUUCUUAUAGUUCUUCUCGCGAUACUUUUCAUCGAGUAUUGUCUAUUAAAUAAUUUGAAUUUAGCCGGCCUCUGCUUUUAUUCACACUAUCUUAAAAUUAUUAAAAAAAACUACCAAUAUUUAUAUCUUUGACGGAUCAUCUUGGAAGAAGUUACGUGAUAAGAUUUAUAGCAAGAAAGAUGGAGAAUCUUUAUACAGUAGGUAUGUCUCCGGAUUGUAUUUAAAAGAGGAAACAAUUUUUUUGUUCUCUAUAAAAAAUGUUGCUUGUUCUAAAAUGGUUAAUCCCGUUUAUACUUUUUCAAAUUUCGGUAUCGUUUUAGAGAAAAUUAAAAAAAAUGAAAAUAUAAGUACAAUAGUUGAAUUCUUACUAAGUCUUUUGUACCUACUAAGUACUUUUGAUAGAAUGUUAUUGAUAGAAUUUUAAUUAACGUCAUAUUUUUGCUGUUUUAAAAUGUCAAAGAAGCACAAAAUGUAUUUAGU